AUGGCUUCUGCUGAGUCUCCAGUCGCUGCGAAUCACAUUGACGAUGCUGCUCUGGCCGAGUCCAUGAACCAGCUCAAUGUUGGCGAUAGAGAGAAUGAACCGCCCAAGACCGAGGAAGAAUACGCGCAAUCGCAAUUGACACUCAGGGCCAUUGUCUCGACCAAAGAAGCGGGUGUCAUCAUUGGCAAAGCGGGGAAGAAUGUUGCCGAUCUACGAGAAGAAACCGGUGUCAAGGCAGGAGUUAGCAAGGUGGUACCAGGUGUCCACGAUCGUGUCUUGACCGUCACAGGCCCUCUUUCGGGAAUAGCAAAGGCAUAUGCUCUGGUGGCCAAGGGCCUCCUUGAGGGCGCACCCCAGAUGGGCAUGGGAGGAGUCGUCCAAAAUAUUGGCACUCAUCCCAUCCGUCUCCUGAUCUCCCAUAACCAGAUGGGCACCAUAAUCGGCCGGGCAGGAUUGAAGAUCAAGCACAUCCAGGACGUAUCUGGUGUUCGCAUGGUUGCGCAGAAAGAAAUGUUGCCCCAGUCCACCGAGCGCAUUGUUGAGGUACAAGGCACACCGGAGGGUAUUGACAAAGCUAUCUGGGAAAUUGGAAAGUGCCUGGUCGACGACUGGCAGCGUGGUACUGGGACAGUCCUGUACAAUCCCGCUGUUCGAGUCCAGGUCGGGUCUGGGCCCCUACCUCCUGCUGUGGGCGGUGGAAUGACGAGUGGCAAUUAUGGCGGCGGUCGGUCAUACAACCGCACUGGCAACGGCGCCGACUUCAGCGAAUCGCGAAGCUACAACCGCAGCAACGAUGUACCACGCGGCGGUGGUGUCCCUAUGGUGACCGAGGACGGAGAGGAAGUCCAGACCCAGAAUAUCAGCAUCCCGGCCGAUAUGGUCGGCUGCAUCAUCGGACGUGGUGGUUCCAAGAUUAGCGAAAUCCGAAAGAGCUCAGGGGCCAGAAUUUCAAUUGCAAAGGCGCCGCACGACGACACCGGUGAGAGAAUGUUCACCAUCAUGGGAAGUGCCAGCGCCAACGAGAAAGCCUUGUAUCUUCUGUAUGAAAAUUUGGAGGCCGAAAAGGGACGCAGACAACAGGUCUCGUCGGAGUGA